AUGGACGAAAGCAACAUUCCUAUAGAUAUCAACAUAGGGAAGCUGCAAGAUUGGUUAGUGAGCCGCAGACACGUAAAUAAGGACUGGCAGAAAAAUAUAAUUCCUAUCAGAGAAAAAAUUAACAAUGCAAUACAAGAUAUGCCAGUACAUAACGACAUAGCUGCCUUGCUUUCCGGAAGCUAUAUUAACUACUUCCACUGUCACAAGAUUAUUGAAAUUUUAAAAGAAACAGAAGCAGAUACUAAAAACCUUUUUGGUAGAUAUGGGUCACAGAGAAUGAAAGAUUGGUUAGAUGUUGUUAAGAGCUAUGAACGGGAUAAUCUGUUUUUGGCUGAGGCAGCUCAGAUGUUAGCAAGAAACAUUAGUUAUGAGAUCCCAGGGUUGAAGCGGCAGAUUGCUAAAGAGGAGCAGAUGCAAGUUGAUUGUGAAAAGAAAAAAGGUGAUUACUUAAAAAGUGAAAAUACAGCUAAGAAUGAAUUUCUUCACUUAUGCAAGCAGCUAGGAAUCAAAGGUGAUAAGAUCAAGCAGGAAUUAGUAGAGAGAUUGCAAGAGUUGCCCGAAAUUUAUGAUAAAAUUGGCCAUUCCCUAAAACCACUAAGACCGAGUAUAGAACUGUAUUCAGCUUUCACAAAAUAUAUUCUGGGUGAGGACGCCCCAGAAGUAUUGCCAUUACUUCAGUAUGUUGUGCACCAUGGCAACACCACUGUGUAUCAGUGGAUGUAUGGUGAAGCACCCCUAAGCGUUGAACCAGAUCCUAUACAUAUCGACAUUGGGGAUGUACAACAGGGUGGUGGAGAUCAGAUAGAUUUUGGUGAUGAUACCAUUGACUUUGGUGAAUCUGAUGCUCCAGCUGAAAUUGAUUUUGGUGAUGGUGAUACUGGGGGUGAAAUAGACUGGGGAAAUCUUGAUGCUGCGCCAGGUGAUGUAGAUCUAUCUGUUGAGGUAUCAAAUAUAUCUCUAGAAGAAUCUGGUAUUAUUGUUGAAGAUCAUGGUGUUGGAGGUGGUGUGGCAAGGGGAAAAGAGGCCCUCAGUUUGCUUGAUAACCCUACCACUAGGAAUCAGUUGAUUGACCAGCUAGUAGAACUAGAGUCAUUCCUAAAGAUGCGAGUACACGAGACAAACAUAUCCAACGAGAGUCAAAGCUUCUCGUUGAUCCAGCAAUUGCCGACAGAGAGCGCUGAUGCGUUGGCCGCCAUGUUGACGACAGUUCAAGAUGGCAGCCGUGCGUUAUUAGCGCCUGAAAUAUCUCAUCUACACAACGUUAAGCAUUCUCAUAAAUACGUGGACGUUUUAACCGCGCAGCUGCAGCAGAAGUUGGUGAUAUGUGAGAAGAUGGCUCGUCUCGCGGAGAGGGAGGAUGAGAAGAGACGCGCUGCUGGCGAUAGGGCUACGGAAUUACGGCCUUUACUAACGCGGCUUAUUGAGAGGACUGUGGAGCUUCAAGCUAAUAUUGAAAAAGAGAUAUCGAAAAAGUACAAAGGCCGCCCCGUCAAUAUCAUCGGAGGAGUUAAAUUUAUGUAA